CCUAGCCUAGCUCAUCCAGUAAAAGUUUUUGUCACGGCAAGGUCGCUUGCGAGAUGACAUUACUCUGGCUCUAGUGGCUCUCAGUCCGUCGCUGUGCGCACGCGUCGCUUGCGGAAGUCAGGAAGUGAUCUUUCAGUUCAAAAUGUCAGCAGCAAUCUUAGUGCAGCCUACGGGUGAGAUGUGGAAGAAGAUCCGCGUCGAACUCAAUGAAGACGUCAACACAAGGGACAGUGACCUGGCAGCCAUUAAGGAGUGGCUGAGGACCACGCCGCACCUGCCAGAUGAGUGGGAUAACCAACGCCUCAUGACCUUCCUCCGAGGCUGCAACUUUUCCCUGGAGAAGUGUAAGAGGAAGCUGGACAUGUACUUCACGAUGCGAGCAGCUUGUCCGGAGUUCUUCACCAACAGAGACAUCACCAGGCCCGAGCUGCAUGAUCUGAUGAUCCGUGGGCAGGGGCCAGCAUUGCCCGGGCUCACACCUGAUGGCCGAAGAGUUAUCAUUGCCAGAGGUCUCGACAAAGGCCUCGACACGCACCAGUUAAACGACGCCUUCAAGAUCGCCAUGAUGAUAGGAGAUGUCAGACUGAAGGAGGAGAUCGAGGGUGUGGCUGGAGACAUCUACAUCCUGGACGCAUCCGUCGUCACACCCAGUCAUUUGGGCAAGCUGUCGUUACCAUCUUUGAAGAAGUUCUUCAUCUGCAUUCAGGAAGCCUACCCAGUAAAGUUGAAGCAAAUUCACGUCGUGAAUGCUUCUCCCAUCAUCGACACCGUCGUGGGCAUCGUCAAACCUUUCCUCAAAGAAAAAAUAAGGAACAGAAUCUUCAUACACACAGAUCUGACAACCCUUUACGAGCACGUACCAAAGGAAAUUCUGCCAGAGGAAUACGGCGGUGACGCUGGUCCCAUGGAUGUUUACAACAAGGCCUGGCAGAAGAAGCUGGAAGAGUACAAGGACUGGUUCCUAGAGCAAGAGUCGGUGAAGGCCAACGAAGCCCUCAGACCUGGGAAGCCGACCAACUACGAUGAGCUGUUUGGUAUCGACGGAUCUUUUAGACAGCUGUCUAUAGACUAAAUUUAGAAUAACUAGAUCUAUUCUUACGUAGUUUUUAUGACAAGGCUUAAGCACGUAUUCUAAAAAGACUCUCAACUGGAAACCAGAUUUAAAAAAUUGAGAUUCAAACUCUAUCAGAGACAACAAUCUAUGUAUAAAAGCGAAAGCUCACUGACUGACUCACUCAUCACGAACUCUCAGAAACUACAAGUACUAGGAGUCUCAAAUUUCGCAUGGGGGUUCCUUUUAAAACGUAGGUGCUCACUAAGUCGGGAUUUUGCAAAAUUCAACCCCUAAAGGGGUAAAACGGGAUCCAAGCGUAAGAAGUCGCGGGCGGCCGCUAGUAGGUUUAUAAUCCAAAUCCAAUGGUAUUAGUCGGACUCGGAACUAAUCCCACCUCUCGUUCCCACCGCUCAACUCCUAUGUAGCCAGGAUCUAAAGCUUGACCGCCUAUAAAAACCCAACCAGUGAAGGCCAAGUUUGUUCCGGGGGAAAGUUAAACUGUUAUUGGACCCGCUACGAAAUUAAUCAGAAUAACAUGAGGAGUUCGAAGUUAAGGUUCGACUUCUCUCCAGUGAAAUGCCAGGUGAUAAAACAAGGGAUGUUUCAUGGUUGAGUGUCAUUUCAAAAUACGGGCCUCAGUCAAUUUUAGUUUUAAGAAGGUACUACACGGUUUUAGGUGUGUAUUGAUAUUUACAAAAUAAUCAAAACUAUCUAGAAGAAAGAAUCGAGAAGAAAAAUACUGCUUUUAGCGUACAAAAGCCAUUUUAGACCAUAACGCCUAAAAAUAUUUUCUAUGCAAUGUCCAUCAGUGAAGAUUUUUAAACCAAGAUUUUAAUAAAAUGUAAGUUUCAAUUCUUCUAUUCUAGAUUCAUUUCUUUCUACAUUGUUCUACCAAAACAAAACAAAGCGGAAGGUAGAUUAAGAUUAAUUUUAGACUUAGGUAAGCUCAUACAAUGUUUGGGUGCUUAUUGUGAUAUUUUUAUACUUUGAUUUAAAUAAAAUAGUUUGACUUUA